CUUUACUAGUCAGCAGAGGGAGCGAAUGUUUCGCUGUAGCCUACAAUAAGACUAUCGAAGAUAUUACUCCUUGUUACUCCGGUGUUAGUUGGACCAAAUGUCUGUGUCAUUUUAAUGUUUGUCAAUCUGAUGUGAAAUCAAGGCCAUGGUCUCUAGUAUCCGCACUCGGCCCAAUGCACUGUCAAUUGAUUUUAUCACCGCAAAAGCGCGAGUUCGCGCGUGAGAGCGAUGAGAUUGUUUCUUUAAGGACAGCACCUUUUCGACGGAGAGAGGGAGGGAUGGGUUGACAGAAGCAGGAGAAGGAGAAAGACGGGGGUUGUGGUUAGGUGCACGUCGCUCGCGCCCAGUGCCGUCGCUACAUGUGUGAGAAGGGAGGGAAGGGGGAUGCUGGCUGGCUAACGGGUUUUCACGGCGACACAGCUUCUAACGGCGAGAUGCUGCGAUGGAGUAAAUAGGAAUGAUGUCUUAUUUGCUUUCGAUGUCAAGGCUGCUCCUUUUAUCCAUCUGAUCUGAAGACCACCCUGGGGGGUUCGUGGCCCGCCACUACACCUGCCCUCCCCCCUCCUGACCCUCCCUGGGACCCGUAGUCACCCCCACAGACCCCUCCUAACUGGUCCCACCACUGCACCCCUCACACAGACACAUCUAUUACCCGGGGCUGUCUCAAAUCCUCCUACUCAGCCAGACUCACUGACAUAACCAAUCAGUGGUCCUCAGCCCACACAGAGAGCCAAUAGGGUGUUUGUGAGACAUAGCAGAGCUUUUCCCAUGAGAUUACUGCAUCCCAAACAGCCAAUCAGGUGAAGCCAGGAAGUGGAGUGUAGGUAGUAGCUAAGUACAGAGAGGCAAGACUUUAACUGUCCCGACACAGUUAGCGCUGCCUAUGACCUGUUCUUCAUAGAGAGGAGGCAGGAGGGCUAGCAUUCCGCCUGCUUGUUUACCAACCUCUCGUACAUAGAAACCGGUGAAACGGACCGAGACACAGAGACCAAGCUCCAAAGGAGACAAAGCAAGGCAGAGAAACUUAGGGGCUGAAGACUAUUGGCUGCCCACACAGCACCUCACACAAGCAUCCACACUUUCAAACGUUCCGUAGGCCCUCGAGGCAAAUUAUCCCGGCGCCCAGACACUCUCUGCUAACACCCCGCCCCUCCACUCCUCUCUCUCACGCACUCCCACACUAUCUCCGGUCCCGAGAUGAUGUGCGAGGUGAUGCCCACCAUCUCCGAGGACGGGCGCGGCGGUGGGCCUUCCUCGCCGGCGGGGGGUGGCGGGGGAAUGGGCGGCGGCAUGGGGGGUGGCUACGGGGGCAGGGGGGAGCCCCGGGGCGGGGGGGAUGAGGGGGGCAGCACGGGGAACCUAGAGUCCCUCAUGGUCAACAUGCUGACGGAGCGGGAGAGGCUGCUGGACAGCCUCAGGGAGACCCAGGACAGUCUGGGUGCAGCCCAGCUUCGCCUCAGAGACCUCAGCCACGAGAAGGACUCCCUCUCCAGGCAGCUGUCCAUCGCCCUGCCACAGGAAUUUGCAGUGCUGACCAAAGAGCUAAACGUCUGCCGGGAACAGCUGCUGGAGAGAGAGGAGGAGAUAGCAGAACUCAAGGCAGAAAGAAACAACACACGGCUCCUCCUGGAGCACCUGGAGUGCCUGGUGUCUCGUCACGAGCGCAGCUUGAGGAUGACGGUGGUGAAGAGGCAGGCCCAGUCUCCAGCUGGCGUCUCCAGCGAGGUGGAGGUCCUGAAGGCCCUCAAGUCCCUAUUUGAACACCACAAAGCCCUGGAUGAGAAGGUGCGAGAGAGGUUACGUGUGGCCCUGGAAAGAGUAUCUGUUUUAGAGGAAGAACUUGAGUCCUCCUCAAAUGAGUGCCAUUCUUUAAGGGACCAAAUCAAAAGACGGCAACAAGGCUUGGACAGUGGGAAAGAGCGGCUGCCCAAUGGGCCCUCCGUCCUGGAUGAUGGAGAGAUGGACAGAGAGAGACUGAGAGAAACUGAGAUGGAGCGGCAGAGAGCAGAGCUGGCCCAGCUGAAAGAGAGACUGGCCCUCAUGUGCAGACAGGUUGGGGACAUUGAGGAACAGUUGACUGCUGCCAGGAGGGAGGUGACCAAGUCAGAAGAGGCCAAUCAGAAACUGCAGAGGGAUGUGAAGGAGGCUCUGUGUCAGAGAGAGGACAUGGAGGAGAGAAUAACGACUUUAGAACGCAGGUACCUGAGUGCCCAGAGAGAGGCGACGUCUCUCCACGACAUUAAAGACAAGCUGGAGAAUGAGCUGGCCAGUAAAGACUCUCUCUACAGACAGAGUGAGGAGAAGAACAGGCAGCUCCAGGAGCGUCUAGACGACGCCAAACGGAAGCUGCAGCAGACCCUACAGAGGGCUGAGACACUGCCGGAGAUAGAGGCCCAGCUCGCCCAGAGGGUGGCUGCCCUCAACAAGGCCGAGGAGCGUCAUGGUAACUUUGAGGAACGAUUGCGACAGAUGGAAGCGCAACUAGAGGAGAAGAAUCAGGAGUUACAGAGGGCGAGGCAGAGGGAGAGGAUGAAUGACGAACACAACAAGCGUCUGUCUGACACAGUGGACAAGCUGCUGUCUGAGUCCAACGAGAGGCUUCAGCUCCACCUCAAAGAGAGGAUGGCGGCCCUGGAGGAAAAGAAUGCUCUGUCUGAGGAACUUUCUAACAUGAAGAAGAUCCAGGAUGACCUUCUGGCGAACAAGGACCAACUGAUUGCCGAGCUGGAGAGGAUUCAGCUGGAGCUGGACCAGCUUAGACUGAGGCCAGGAGUCUCCUGUUAUUCCAGGUCUCUCCCAGGCAGUGCCCUGGAGCUGAGGUACUCCCAUGGGGGCAGUUCCCUGCCCACCGGUUCCACUGCUCACCUGGAUCACUAUGGUAAUGCCAACACCGUCGCUGUAGUCAGGCGGACUCACCGCGGACGCUGGAGCACAGCCCGGGAGGACCCCAGCAAGUACGGGGACUGGGACGGUGGAUCAACAUUGCUGCGGGCAGGGUUCGAGGGGGGCGUGGACCACGGUUGCUCUGACGACGAGGAUGACAGAGAGACACUGUUUGGCUCAGAGCUGCUGUCUCCGAGUGGACAGACUGACGUUCAGACACUAGCCAUCAUGCUUCAGGAGCAGUUAGAGGCCAUCAACAAGGAGAUCAAGCUGAUCCAGGAAGAGAAGGAGAGCACAGAGUUGCGAGCUGAGGAGAUCGAAACCAGGGUCAGCAGCGUGGCUCUGGACGGCUCCCCCAUCCCCCCCUCCUCCCUGGGGAGAGACAGUCUGGGACGCGGCUUCAUCCCUCCGUCCCUCACCUCCUCCACACUGGCAUCCCCCUCUCCCCCCAGCUCUGGACACUCCACCCCCCGCCUGCCUCACUCCCCCCACCGCGAGACAGAUAGACAGAACAACAAAGAGGACGAUAGGUCCCUUGCGCUUCUCGACUCCACCCCUCCGCCCACUCCUCGAGCUCUGCGGCUGGACCGGAUGACACUCACCCACCCAGGGGCCAUGAUGGACGACCCCAGGGAGUUCCGCAGUCUGUCGGCAGACGGCAGCAGCUCCAACAGCAGCCAGGACUCUCUCCACAAAGCCAGUAAAAAGAAAAGCAUCAAGUCUUCCAUUGGCCGGCUUUUUGGGAAGAAGGAAAAAGGAAGGAUGGGCCCAGCUGGGCGAGAGUCUGCCUCUCUGGCCUCUACGCCCUCUGAGGAUCUGGCCACUGGAGAUCCUAUGGGACUGACCAAGGGAGGCAUGACAGGAACUGUAGACAACCGUCGCAGCAAAAAGAAACAUGAGCUGCUGGAGGAGGCGUGUCGUCAAGGUCUUCCCUUUGCAUCCUGGGAUGGACCCACUGUGGUGUCCUGGCUUGAGCUGUGGGUGGGCAUGCCGGCGUGGUACGUGGCAGCCUGUCGUGCCAACGUGAAGAGUGGUGCCAUCAUGGCCAACCUGUCGGACACAGAGAUCCAGAGGGAGAUUGGUAUCAGCAACCCCCUGCACCGGCUCAAACUGAGACUGGCCAUCCAGGAGAUGGUUUCCCUCACCAGCCCCUCAGCACCGGCUAGCACGCGCUCCUCAACCAGUAAUGUGUGGAUGACCCAUGCUGAGAUGGAGUCGUUGAACGCAGCCACCAAACCGGAGCUGAAAGAGAUUAGCUGGGAUCAGAUCCUGGCCUAUGGGGACAUGAACCAUGAGUGGGUGGGUAAUGACUGGCUGCCCAGCCUGGGUCUGCCCCAGUACCGCUCCUACUUCAUGGAGUCCCUGGUAGAUGCUCGCAUGCUGGACCACCUCACCAAGAAGGAGCUGAGAGGACAGCUGAAAAUGGUGGACAGCUUCCAUAGGGUUAGUUUGCAUUAUGGUAUAAUGUGUCUGAAGCGCUUGAACUACGACCGUAAAGAGUUGGAGAGGAGAAGAGAAGACAGUCAGCACCAAAACAAAGAUGUGAUGGUCUGGUCCAACGAGCGUGUGCUAUGCUGGGUGCAGACCAUGGGGCUGAAGGAGUACGCUGACAACCUGGUGGAGAGUGGGGUUCACGGGGCCCUCCUGGCCCUGGACGACACUUUUGACUACACUGACUUGGCCCUGCUGCUGCAGAUACCCAAUCAGAACACACAGGCAAGACAACUUCUAGAAAAGGAAUACAACUCCUUGAUCUCUAUGGGAACGGAGAGAAGGCCUGAUGAGGAUGGGAAUAAGACCUUCACACGCUCCCCAUCCUGGAGGAAGAUGUUCAGGGAGAAGGACCUGAGGGGGGUGACAUCGGACUCAUCUGAGACCCUGCCUGCCAACUUCCGUGCCUCCGCCAUUUCCACGCCCUCCGUGACCCUGAGAAAGGUUCAGAGUGACGUGAACUCGGGCCCUCGGGGGGAGGCAGCUUCAAUUAGAACAUACUCUUGCUGAAAGAAUAAAAGGGCGAACGCUAACCGGAUCAGGACCGGGGUUGCCCUCCUCAUUCCUUCACGGGAGGGAAAAAUCGGUGACAAAAAGCAAUGAAUAUAUACAUUUACUUACUAUAAAACCUACUGGUCUGACUGUUCUGCAAUAACAGAAGUACGGGAAGGAAGAAAGUCGGGUCGGAGAGGGAGAAACAGCAAACGGAGAAUGAAUGAGUGGAUGAAAUAUUGACGAGCUAUAUAGGUACAUGGGGUAGGAGGCUGAAGUUCUCUCUCACUCUCUCUCUUUGUUCUGGCUCGGUGUGCGACUGUGAGGAGGGAUGACUGGUGUCCGGUGUCAGCCAUUGUGGAUCUCUAUCAGGUAGCUUCUCUGGUGCCGUCAGGGUUCCCAUAUGUGCCCCAAUUGGUUAAGUGGUGCGGUAAAAACCAUGUCCCCCCCCAUUCAGGCCUCCAUCUUGGCCCCAGCCACAUCAGAGGGACAGCCAGACGCCCGUCUCCUCACGGUUUAUCUGUUGGCACCUUGAAAGCCGAGCCGUCCAUUAUGGAGAUCAAAGGGCCGGCUAGAGCAGCGGGGGUAUGGUGGGGCCGCACGGAGGCAUUGUGUUAAAUGACUGAUGUUAUUUAGUAGUUUGUAGUCAGCCAGUAAAGCCGGUUAAAUUAGAGUGUGGUUAAGGCUAGGUUACAUCCAAGGUAAUGGCACUGCAGACGCGCCCGGCCCCUUUCGGGUCUCAUCUUCAGCUCGGGUGUUCAUCGGAGCGCUCCUGAAAAAACAAGAGGGAACGAUAGAGGGAUGAUGAAAGAGAGAUAAGACAGUCAAAUGUGAUGCGGAUGAAAAGAGGAUGGAGAUGAUAACAUUUAACGCAGGCCAGCCGUAAACAAUCAAGAAAGUACGGAAGACGAGCAGCGGGUCCAGGAAGAAACCUUUAGCUUCUGUGUUAUGAUGCAUGUCAAACAAGAUGGCUGUGGAGCCAAAUAUGGUGGGGCUGAAGGAGAGAAAAACAUAUAUCUGUAUAAAUAAAACCUACGAGGAUGAAAGCCCCGGGAACAAUUUGUAAAAUUGUGUGUAUUUUCAUUUUGACUUUUUACGUUUUUAUGAUAACUAUAUUUAUUUUCGUUAUUUACGUAUUGAAUAACUGUAUGUACAUGUUCGUUACUUAAUUCUGACUCAUUUAAUUUGAUCUAGUUCAUAAGUUAAACAUUAAUAGGAUAUGCUACUGUAUGUGUACAUUUUGAGAACUAAUUGUGUUAUGACUGAGGAAGAAAAUGACAAAGAUGACAGUAAUACAAAUUGGAAAUAAAAAAUAAAAAAAAUCUGCAAAAUAAACAAUAACAGUGAUGAUGAAAUCCAAAAUAAAGUGGUGUCCUGUGUUAAAACA